AUGAAGAUAUUCUCCAUCUUCAGUGCCUUCUCGGCGAUUCUGUCGUGUACGACUGUCGUCUGCGCACAGUCCGACCCCGACCCAAUUGGCACCAUCUACGAUGGCCAUGUGCCGGCCGACUUAUACGGAUCCAGUUACCCCUACCCUUGGCCGGUGAAGCUGUUCAACUUCUCCAAUCAGCGCCAGAACCUCACGAUGGCGUUCAUGGACAUCCCGGCAAGGAAACAAAACAAGACUCAGAAGACAGCCGUCUUGCUGCAUGGCGGCAACUUCUGCGGCGUCACAUGGUCCGACACAGCGCGUCACCUGUCGGCCGCCGGCUACCGAGUGAUCCUUCCCGACGAUAUCGGCUUUUGCAAAUCGAGCAAGCCCCAAGGCUAUUCUUACAACGUGCAACAGCAGGCUUUGAAUAUCCACAGCCUUCUCACUGCGCUAGGCAUCGACCAAGUCACCGUAAUCGGCCAUUCGAUGGGUGGCAUGAUUGCCGCCCGCUACGGCCUCAUGUACCCGGCCAGCAUCCAACAGCUUUUCCUCGUCAAUCCACUGGGCUUGGAGGACUGGGUAGCCAAGGGUGUGUCCUACCUAUCAAUUGACGCGUCGUACAAGAGCGGUAUUGUGUCAAACUUUACCACUCUCAAGGCGUAUGAGCAGGCCAACUACUUCCCCAAUGCCCCCUGGAAGCCUGAAUAUGAUGCCUGGGUCAACAUGCUAGCCGAUAUCUACGCCGGCGACUAUGGCUCCGACUAUUCGUACGUGAUGGCCCUCGUCACCGACGCUUUACUCAGCCAGCCGAUCAUCUACCAGCUGCCUCUCCUGCAGACACGUACCUACCUCUUGGUGGGAGCCAGUGACGUUUCGGCGCUUGGUAAAGCAUGGUCACUCCCUGCCGUCGCUGCGAAGCUGGGACAUUAUGAUGUACUUGGCCCUGCUGCCGCAGCCAUGAUCCCUAACUGCACGCUCCAUAUGUUCCCCGGUCUAGGUCAUGCACCCUUCCUCCAAGACCCCAAAGCGUUUUACGACGUGCUCUUUUCUUGGCUGGACUAA